UAGAUUGAUUCACACCCACAGUGCGCCGAUCGUUUGGGUUGUUUGUGUUUUGUGUUGGAUCUGUUCACGUUUCAAGUAGCUGCCAGGUCAUGUGUUGUCACCAACAAUUUGUUUGUUUAUUUUUUGCGCCCCUGGUUUUUGCGGUUAUCGUUUUGCGUUGGCUUAAAAACUGUGAAACACGCCUUAUGGCGCCAGAACGCACAGAGUCGAGCGCAUGUCAAGUGGCCAAGCAGUCGCUUGCCCAAAACCCAGUCCGCAUCCUGGUGUCCCUGUGUCAACUGUCAACUGUCAGAUUGUGAGCAUUGUUUACGUUUUGUGGCGGCACCUGCGCACUGGACACAUAAACAAGCCGAGCAGCCUGUACCAGCCAGUGAUGAUGGGAUGCAAACAAGUGGCUGCGGGCACCACGUGUUCUUGUCACGAGCACGCGACAAACUGUUGCCCUUGCGGUUGGGGUGGCGUGGGUAAAGGGGACCUACUGCCCAGCGCCCCUCAUUUUGAAUAUAUCGAUUGAGGCAGGACAUGCGCAAUGGGCUCCAGUGCUGACUGCUGCUGCUGCCCGACAUAUCGAAGGAAACUCCUUUUGAUGUAGACACAAUAAUUACGAGCCAUAACGUACAGCGACGGGGCAUGCCACUGAAAAAGUAUCUGCUGCGUGUGCAGAACGUUCCCGUGCUUCGUCUGAAACGGUUCACAACAGUUUAGUGCGCUUCACUGUGUGUUUUCAAAAUGAUAUAAUAUUAAGCACGCUGACGGAUCUUGAAAUCCGUUGGAAAAAGACUUUAUUACAUUUUUCAACUGGGCCAGAAAUCAAAAUCAUUUUGCAACAGUAAACCCAAAUGCCAGAGGCAUUGAUAUUACCCGGCAUGGCUGACGCAGAGCCGGACCUAUCAACGUUCGAGAAUAAAACGGGACUCGCCGAGGACAUGAAGUUUCUGGCGUCCAUGCCCGAGCUAUGCGAUGUUACCUUCCUCGUUGGUGACACCCGCGAGCCCGUCUGCGCCGUCAAGGCUGUGCUGGCGUCGCGUUCGCGCGUUUUUGCCAAAAUGCUGUAUGCCGCACCAUCGCCGCAGCGGAAGAGGGAAACCACCACCAAGGAGAACAAGCUGCGACUCUUCCUCAAGCGCUCCUCGGAGCCCCUGCUGAAUCUACAGAAUGCGGCACAACAGAGAACCGGUUUCACCCAACAAUUAGCUCCGAUACCCGAGCCCUCUGGUCAGCAGCAUCAAACGCUGAUCAUUGAGGAAUUCGAACCGGAUGUCUUCCGUCAGCUCAUCGAGUACAUUCACACGGGCUGUGUGACCCUGCAGCCGCGCACUCUGCUGGGCGUCAUGAAUGCGGCUGAUUAUUAUGGCCUGGAGGAACUGCGUCGCGCCUGCGCUGGCUUUGUGCAGUGCUGCAUUAAUGUGGACACCGUAUGCGCCCUGCUGGCCUCCGCCGAGCGCUAUAUUCAAUACAAGUGCACCAAGACUCUGGUGCAGAAGGUGCUGGAGUUUGUGGACGAGCAUGGCAAUGAGGUUUUGAAUCUGGGCAGCUUCACGCUGCUUCCACAGCAUGUGGUCCGUUUGAUUCUCGCACGGGAGGAGCUGCGGGCCGACGAGUUUACCAAGUUUCAGGCGGCGCUGAUGUGGAGUAAAAAGUAUUUUGACAACAAUCCAAACAUUGACAUCAAGGAGAUACUGGGCACAUUUCUGGAGUACAUACAGUUCCAUAAGAUACCCGCCAAUGUACUGAUGCGUGAAAUCCAUCCAUUAAAUCUUGUACCGUACGCGAUCAUAAUGAAUGCUCUGGCCUACCAGGCAGACCCAGAAAGCAUCGACCCCGGAAAGCUGUCUCCCAACUCUAGCCGACAGCACCGCCAUCGCCACCAUCACCAGUCCCUGCCCAAGAUACGCAAGGCCAAGUCACAAUCGUUCCGCACGCGCCGCAGCCCCUCCGAACGCCGUAGCCCCAAUGUACCUACGCUCACACUGAAUACGAGCGCGCUUAAUGGUGAGAAGAAACGCAGUCCAUUGACACCCAAGAGCCCGGUGUUGCCGCAGCCAGAGUCCAAAAGUCCCGGAAGCAGUUCACAGAAGACGCCCACCACGCUCUCCCGUCAAGGCACCCUGCGCACCUCCAGUCGACGCAAGAACAGCGGCCAGUUGACCAUUUCGUUGAGUGCCCAAAAUCAGGGCCGGCGUAGUCCAGUGGGUCUGAAUGAUCGCAGCCCACAGGGCAGACGCAGCCCGCUCUUUCCCAGCAGCGGCCUGAGAUCGCCCAAUGACCAGCCCAGUCCGACGGCGAGAAGUCCAACGGGUGAUUCACAGCGUCGCAGUCCAACCUUCAGCAUACAGAUACAUACGCAGGAGCGUCGCUCGCCACUGGGCGCUGUGGCACCCACGGACUUUAGUUGCCAGGCAGGGCCAUCCAAUACCAGACGCAGUCCGACAUCCACCGUGCAUGUGCAGGACAUGGCCACAGAGCCGGAGGAAUCCGGCUUCAGCGGAAUGAAACGGCCGUCGAUAAGUCUCUUUACGCCCAUCUAUUUUGCCAGUGAGAAACGUAGUCCGAUGGGUUUUAUACCACCCAUUACGGUGUCCAACCCCGCCGAGACCUACAAGAGUGCGGAGCGCGAACGUGAAGCAGCCGAGGCGGCAGCUCGGGAGCGGGAAAAGGAAGCUGCCCAGGCACAGCCGCAGCCCGAAAAGAAGAGCGUAAUGCGCGAAAUACUGGCCUUCGUGCGCAAGCCCUCCAAGCAUAUAACCACGCGCACCAAUCGCUUCGCGAAUGCAUUCACGCGUGCAGAGUCCGGCUCCUCAAGCGGACCGCUCAUACGACAGAGCACCUUCUCGGCCAGUCCGGCUGCCUCGUCGACGGCCGCCAAGAGUGCCGUGCAGAAACAAAUGUCCGAGGUGGGCUUUGAGCCGAAAAUGUCACUUAAGUUUGCCCACUACACGAAGAUGUCGCUGAAGUUGCGUCGCCUGGCGCGCCGGGAGGAGGAGGAGAAGCAGCAGCAGCAGCAACAGCAGCAGCAAAAGUCAUCGACAGUCAGCUCGGCGGCGGGCUCGAAGCGUGCUAGCACGGAUUCCAAUGCGGGAAAUGCACAGGAGCAGGUAGGUGCCAUUGAAGUAGAGGAGGAGCUGCCAUUCGAGCUGGCGAAUGUGCACUUUGAGAAGGUAGGUGAGUCCUAUAUCAAGCAUGAGCGACUCCGCGAACUGGUCGAGCCCGAACUGGAGCCAGAAGACGAAACAGAAGAUGGCGAGCCUGAGCAAACGGAUGCCGCCAUGGCACAGUUUGUCGAGGAGGUGACCAAUUCCCUCAAAGUAGUCGCACUCAAUGGCGAUGGUGGUGUGCCGGCCGUGCAUCAUUUUACGCGUCGCUCCGAGAGCCGGGAGCCCAUUGAGCCGCGGAUUAGCGAGGAGCGUGAAUCCGAUUCGAAUGAUCUGAUUAUACCCGAGGAGCUGCGCGCGGAGCUUGUGGAGAUUUUGAAGGCCUAUGCACCAGAGCCAGUUUAUGUUAAUCUGCAGGCGCUGCGGCGUGAAACCGAGGAGGCAGAGGCGGUGGCACGUGCCGUUGCAGAGGCAGCUGCUGCUGUGGCAGCGGCUGCCGAAGCUGCUGCAGCUGCAACGGUGCCGCCGGCGCCCGAGAAGCUACCGCUGCAGUGUCCUACUAUUGAGUUUGAGCCGCCAUCGCGUCGUUCGUCUUUCGAUCCGCCGCGUUCGCCGUUCCUGGAACAGCUACGCAGUCCGGGCGUCGAUACGGAUACAGAUCUGAUCAAUCUGCAGCGCCUUGACUCCGGCGGCGACAGUUUCGAGAUGGUUGAGGGCGAUCGGAAAUCCAGUCGGGCCGAAUCCAGUUUCGAUUGCCCCUAUUCCUCGCGUGACACCAGCUUCGAUGUGUCCAUAUCGCGCUAUCAGUCCACCAGUUACGAGGAUCAGACCUCAAGCUUUGAGAUUGUCGACACGGACGAUCGCCGGCGACACAUCGAUCUGCGCAAGAGCUCCAUUGAGCUGGUCGAUGCGGAGACCUUUCAGCGUUCGGGCUCUUCCUGCGGCCGCAAGUCUUCGCUUGAGACGCACUUCGACUACACGCCUUCGGAGACGAGCGGCAUCACGCCGGCCCGUUCACCAAAUUUUCCCAUGACCAAAAAGCAGAAGGCCGAACAUUUCCGCCAGCUGCACAUCUCGCCCUUCAGUGCCUUCUCGCGGGCACGCAGCCCGCUCUCACAGCAGACCUCCUCCAAUUACAGCUCGCGCGAUAGUUACGAUUCCAGCUCAUCGUAUCCGCAUGGUCAUGAGCCGCAGCGCAGCCCUUACGCUGAUCCCAGCAAGAAGCACUUUCCGCUGACCAUCAAGCAGCGCGAGGAGGAGGUCAAGACUUUUCUCUGCACCGAUUUGCGCUGCGCCUCGAUCUUCGAGCCGCGUCCCAGCUCUGUGCUCACACAGCAACUCUCCACGGGCUCCAUGUCCACGCCUUCAGCCUCCGGCUACACCAAUGCACCGCGCAUAUCUAGUGCUAUGGGCGCCCCGUUGCCCGCCAUUGGUGUUGGCGUCGGUGUCGGUGUCGGCGUCGGCGUUGGCGUCGCUGUCGGUGUUGGCAUUACCCAUGCAAAUGCCUCGCGUGGCUCCUGCGGCUUUUCCAGCGGCAGCGAAUUCGAGCCUCCCUCACCGCGACGAGCCGCGAGCGCCUCGCCCAAGCAUACUUUCACAUUCCGCAUCGUGAUGAAAAAGGUUGACAGCUCACCGGAGGCGCUGUGCCCGGAGCGGCAUCGUUCCCGCAUCAUCGAUCGCUAUCGGCGCCGCGACAGUCGCCGCAAGCGCAUCCAAGAUGCGGGCAAGAGUUUCUAGGCGGCGGAUCGGGGGCACGAAGUGAACCAAAAUGCUUAAAGUUUUGUGUGCCUAGUUAAUAGACGUACUUGCUAAGUUUUGAGAGAGAAAUUUUGAAAUCAUUCUUAAAGUAAUUAAAGUUCGACUUCCGAACGAAGCGAACAACCCAUUCCUAUCUUAUGAUCAACUAUUCCCAGGCAGCAAUCUCAGUAUGUCCUGCCGGAAAUAUAUUCAUUUAGCAGGGCGUACAUAUUUUUGACAAUCUAAAUGUUAUUGAAUCCAAGAGUUUUCCAACAACUCGCCUCUAGUCGUAAGUUAUUUGAAAAUCUUAAAAACUCAAAAUGCGAACAUCAAACUUUAUAAAAUGGUUCUGGUUUUAGGCCGUUUCAAAACUCAAUGCUAAGUAUUUGUAAUGACAAAAGCUCUUGAAUAAAUAUUUAUAUAUAUAUAUAGGCUAAGACAGAUCAUUUUCAUAUUUAGGCUAGUUAUUCUUCAUUAUUAUCAUCUUCAAGGAUUAAAAGAUUAAAUGAAAAAAAAGUUUGGU